AUGACCUCUGGGACUGGAGGGAGCUGGGGAGCUCACCCACCACAGGGUGCAGCCCCGACGACCUGGGUGCCCAUCCUGCAGCCUCUCCCUUGGACAGUCCCACCAUCGCCCCCGCAGCUUAGCCGCGUGAAGGAAGACCUGCUGGAGCUGAUGAUGCUGCAGAACGCACAGAUGAACCAGCUGCUCCUGAGUCGCCUGGUGGCGGCCACGCUGAACCCCUGGCCAGCUGCCUCUGGCCCGCAGGUCUACUUGGAGGGUCCAGAAGAGGAGGGUGAGGAAGAGGAGGUGCUGGAAGCCCCGGAGGAAGGGCCGUUGGUGCUCCAUCACCACUAUCUGCCCUGGCUGGCGCCGGCUCUGGGGCCUUUCCUUUCCCCUCCCUGGCCUCGGCCCCAGCUGCAGGACACGUCCAGGAUUCAGCAGCUCUCUCCGGCCUCCAUGAAAAGGGAGGUGAGAGCUGUGCCCCCACCCCCACCCCCCAGUGCCACAGGGACUGUGGGUGCGGAUGUGCCCCCGGCUUCAGAUUACUAUGAUGCUGAGAGCCUGCCAUGAAGACAUACACUGGCCCCCCACACCAGCUGCCAACAACCCUGGAUACCCAAGUGCCCCACUAGUGCUUGAAGCCACGCCUGGCAGCCAUUCUCAGCCUCAACCCCACCGAGGCCUCUCCUCCCAGCUGAAUCAGUGUCCUCUCCAUCCCACUAAGAUCCUGAACCAGCCGAUCUCUUCUCUGGGGGAAGAGCUCAUUGGAGCACCGUUCAAGGCCCAGCCACAGGAAAACCAACACUGCUCUACAGCUUGGGGGUAGCUGGGAGCCUGACCCCCCCAAACCCUCCAUUCCCACCCCUUCCCUGGCAAGGGCUACAGGGUCUCAGUCUGGGCUGAGAAUG